AGCAUGGGAACUUUCCAUGGCUUACUGCAACAUCUCGAGAGCCAGCCUGAUGUUACUAGCUGUAACUCUAUUACUACCCUUUUUUGUUUCAUUAGUAUCACGAGCCGUCUCAAAGAGGACAUAAUCCUCGUACAACUGGCUCAAGCCUCCAUCUCUGAGCCCCCGCCUGUGUUAUCCCCUGCCUUCAACACUUUCCUUGCCACGGCAUGCUCUAUCUCACCAGUGCAAGCUAAUGAUGUGUGGAUGCUCUUACAAGAUGUCAUAUGGCAUGGUGCCAUUGACAAGGAUCUCAGUUCAGUGUGGGUGACCGAUGCACCACGGAGGGGAUUUGGUACGUUCACGCACUCUGAGUACCUCCUUUACCCACCAACCCAAUACUGCACCCAGCCUGACUGCCCCCCCAUGACCCUGAAGAAGGCCGAGCAACAAAAUGUUGUCCUGUUCAUCCUUGCACAUGGGCCAUGUGCUGCACAAUCUGUACACCUUUACUGCACAGACUGUCAGAUUGAUUACCGCCACAACUAUACCAUGUCUGGUGGUAUUCGGACCUACUAUGACAAACAGCCCGAGACCAUCCAGGUUACGGAUCAUGUCUUCAUGGAGAAAGAUGUGGUUGAGCUCUUCAAGAUGGCUAUGGAUGUCUCAUGGACUUCGGCAACAAACUGCGCACAACUAUACAAUAUGUGCCUCUCACAGGGAAAAUGUGCACCAGACGGCUAUCUUGUCAAAUUUGAGAUUACUGGUGACCACGUCUGGAAUGCAUUUGUAAUCACUACACUACUCGAAGACCGCAAGCGCCACAUGUGUUCCCUCACUGUUCCUCAGACUGGCAACCAGUGGGACUGGUUCACGCAAGUGAUGAUAGAUAGGAAUCACCGCAUUCAAUUGUAUGGCUUUGAAGAUGUCCAUCGGCACUACUGUAAUAGGUGUACUCGAAUGUAUGCCAAUGACCAAGGUGUUACCACACACAAGGUCUCUGUCGUGGUUGUCGAUGGCGUAACCGUUGGUCACCCAUGCUGUGCAGUCCACAACUGCCACACUCCACUGUCGAACAACCACCACCAAUUCUGUCCAGCUCAUUCUAGCUAUGAUGGCACGUGCUCCAUUAUUGGCUGUAACCUACCUGUUGUCCCUGGCCAUUGUACAUGCUCAAUGCCAGAUCAUAAAAAUGUUGAGGGAACCUAUGAGUUGCAUGGGCAGUCUCGGUUUCAGCUCCAGGAACGUCUUGCUUGUGCUAGAGUUGCUCACUCUAACAACACUAUCAGUCAGGAUGUCGAGAUCUCAAUGCUACACCUGCCAGAUGCUGAAGAAGAAUACGAGCUCAAUGAGACGGGUACCUUAGCACUACCUGUUGUCGAUGGUGGUGACCUGACUCCUGCUGUCAACAUUGGUCAUGGACAGUCCACAAGGACACACAAUGAACAACUGAUGGUUGCACCAUGUGGCAUGAUCAUUGCAUGCAGACUUUCUUUGGGGCAAAGGGAGUGGCGAGUGUUGUGGUAUGUAGAAGCCAUUGUUUCCUUGGGUUUGAUCUUAAAAAUAAUCUUACUGCUUCCCUUCUAG